AUCUCUUUCUCUCUUUCUUUGCCAAGAUAUUCUUCCAAAUUCAUCAUCCUCCAAAGUCUCUUUUGCUCCAGUUGUACAACAAAUUCAUGCUUUUUAAGGCUCUAUUCUGUUCGUUUGCGUAAAAUUCAACUCGGUUUAAGUUGAAUUUGGAUUCUGUUUGUAUCGGUUGCUGAGCCUGUCGGAGAAUGAUAAGAGGAUUUUGCAUAUAAACUCGAUUUUCUCGUGUAUUUAACGUGGGUGGUUAUUGAAUAGUGACGACCAAAUGAUGGUUGAGGAUCUUGGAGUUGAAGCUAAGGAAGCAGCAGUUCGCGAGGUUGCAAAGCUUUUGCCGCUUCCUGAGCUUCUGCAGUCCAUCUCAUCUAUCAAGGCCGAUUACAUUUCACGUCAACAGGCUAAUGAUGCACAGCUUAGUACAAUGGUGGCAGAGCAGGUUGAGCAAGCACAGGCCGGAUUGGAAUCACUUAACUCAUCUCAAAAGACAAUAAACCGACUUCGUGAAAAUUUUGUCUCUAUUGAAAAGUUUUGUCAGGAAUGCCAAACAUUAAUUGAAAAUCAUGACCAGAUAAAGCUACUUAGCAAUGCAAGAAAUAAUCUAAACACAACCUUGAAGGAUAUUGAAGGUAUGAUGUCCAUCUCUGGUGAGGCAGCAGAAGCUCGGGAUUCUCUGAGUGAUGACAAAGAACUUGUAAAUACGUAUGAGAGGUUAACUGCCUUGGAUGGGAAGCGGAGGUUUGCAUUAGCAGCUGCAGGUUCUCACAAGGAAGAGGUUGGCAGAUUGAGAGAAUAUUUUGAAGAUGUGGAUCGAACCUGGGAGACCUUUGAGAAGACAUUAUGGGGCCAUAUUUCCAAUUUCUACAAACUUUCUAAAGAAAGCCCUCAAACUCUAGUUCGUGCUAUAAGGGUUGUUGAGAUGCAAGAAAUCCUUGAUCAACAGAUUGCAGAGGAAGCAGCUGAAGCUGAGGGGGAUGGUGUAAUGGAAUCAAUUGCAAAUCCACGGAAAACUGCCAAAAAAUCUGCCAGUAUAAAAAAUUUAACACAGCAAAAACUAAAGGUUCAGGGGAAAGGCUACAAGGAUAAGUGCUAUGAACAAAUACGGAAGACUGUAGAGGAACGGUUUAACAAACUUCUCACUGAGCUUGUCUUUGAGGACCUGAAAGCAGCUCUAGAGGAAGCACGAAAGAUUCAAGAGGAACUUGGAGAUGUCUAUGACUAUGUAGCCCCUUGCUUUCCUCCGAGAUACGAAAUAUUUCAGCUAAUGGUAAAUCUGUACACAGAAAGAUUUACUCAGAUGCUAAGGCUGCUCAGUGACAGGGCAAAUAAUUUAACAAACAUUGAGAUAUUAAAGGUGACCAGUUGGGUUGUUGAAUAUCAAGAUACCCUGAUUGGGUUAGGUGUUGACGAGACUCUGGCUCAAGUUUGUUCUGAAAGUGGUGCCAUGGAUCCUCUAAUGAACUCAUAUGUUGAAAGAAUGCAAGCUACAACAAGGAAAUGGUACAUGAAUAUAUUGGAGGCUGAUAAAACGCAGCCCCCAAAGAAAACAGAAGACGGAAAGCUAUAUACCCCAGCAGCUGUUGAUCUGUUCAGGAUACUUGGGGAACAAGUACAAAUUGUUCGAGAUAAUAGUACUGAUGUCAUGUUAUACAGAAUUGCCCUGGCAACCAUUCAGGUGAUGAUCGAUUUUCAAGCAGCUGAAAGGAAGGGACUUGAAGAACCUGCAUCUGAAAUUGGUCUUGAGCCUUUAUGUGCCAUGAUAAACAACAACUUGCGCUGCUAUGAUCUUGCAAUGGAGCUGAGUAAUAGCACCAUCGAAGCUCUUCCACAAAAUUUUGCUGAGCAGGUUAAUUUUGAAGACACCUGCAAGGGGUUUCUAGAUGUUGCUAAGGAAGCUGUGCAUCAAACUGUGUGUGUGAUUUUUGAAGAUCCCGGUGUUCAGGAGUUGUUAGUGAAGCUAUACCAGACAGAGUGGAGCGAGGGGCAAGUAACUGAGUACUUGGUUGCAACAUUUGGUGAUUAUUUUACUGAUGUUAAAAUGUACAUUGAAGAAAGAUCUUUUAGAAGAUUUGUUGAAGCCUGCCUUGAGGAAACAGUGGUCGUUUAUAUUGAUCAUCUUCUAACGCAGAAAAACUAUAUUAAAGAAGAAACAAUUGAAAGGAUGAGGCUAGAUGAAGAGGUUAUCAUGGAUUUUUUUAGGGAAUAUAUAAGCGUUUCUAAAGUUGAAAGCAGAUUGAGGAUUCUCAGCGACUUAAGGGAACUUGCUUCAGCAGAGAGUUUGGAUACCUUCACACUCAUCUAUACAAAUAUUCUUGAACACCAACCAGACUGCCCGGCUGAAGUUGUAGAGAAGCUUGUUGGUCUUCGAGAAGGCAUUCCUCGUAAGGAUGCCAAGGAGGUCAUACAAGAGUGCAGGGAGAUAUAUGAAAAUUCCCUUAUUGAUGGAAGACCUCCCAAGACUGGCUUUGUUUUCCCACGAGUGAAGUGCUUAAAUGCAUCAUCAAAAUCAAUCUGGCGUAAACUCACUUAAAUCGCUUAAAUGAAGCCAAUUACCAAAUGAAGACAUGGAUCAGGCGGGCAGACAAAAGCCAACCUUUGGAAUUGUAGAGAUCUAAAAAAGUAGCACUUAGACCGAAUUCGGUUCGUUGUAGAGUAACUUCAAUGCCCAGUAGUCAAUUCUGUUGGUUUGAUGUUUAGAAAUCUUUAGAUUACAGAGAUUUUCCACUGAGAAGCGUGUUACCAAUUGUUUGAAUGAAGUCAGUCAAUCCGCUGUGUUUGUUUUAUUCUUGUGGUCUUCUAGUGCUUUUGUUUUCCUAAUAACUGGGUGUGAUCUUGAUUCUUGGGUAUUACCUGAAAUUUGAGCAAUAACACUAUUCAUUCGUAUGGA